AUGGCCAACUUGGACAAUGCAUGGCUCGUGGGCGUUGAGCGAGCCAGGAUCGGUGGCAAGUGCCUGGCACAGGUCCUGGCUGACAGGCAAACCGUCGGACAGCGCCCAGUGACGCUGAUCGGUCACUCAAUGGGUGCACGGCUGCUGGUGUACUGCUUGUGUGAACUGUACCACAUGGGUGAAUUCCAUGCGGUGGAUGAUGUGGUUCUGCUCGGUGCUCCUGUGACCACAGAAGCGCGCAAAUGGCAAAAG